CGGAUCAAAGUUAAGAAAAAUUAUGAUCUACGUACUAUUUUAUAAAGUCCCCAAAAGCAUGAAUUUCUGAUCAUUCAUCAAAGCUUAUUAGGAGUUGCACAAAAAUUAUGAGUGAUGUGAUCAUGAAGAUUGACAUAGUAUCAAGAGAGUCAAUACGACCAUCAUCUCCAACUCCCAGUCACUUAAAUACCUACAGCUUAUCCCUUCUUGAUCAGCUCUGUCCUCCACUUUAUGUUCCUCUUCUCCUUUAUUAUACUAAGCAGCUGGAUAGCGGUACCGACUGCAACCUUGGCGACAAGGAAUCAUCUUCUCGUUGUGAUGUUCUCAAGAAAUCCUUAGCGGAGACUUUGUCAAAAUAUUAUCCAUUGGCUGGAAGGAUAAAAGAUGAUGUAUCUGUUGAAUGUAACGACGAGGGUGUGGAUUUUAUCGAAGCGCGAGUAGUUGGUAGAGAAGUUUCUCAAGUAAUCCAACUCACGGAUUCCGUCAAUAUUGAUAUUAUGGAACCAUUCUUACCGUUUGAGCCUUACGGUGAGUCGGGCUCUACAUUUGGGUUAGGACUAGAUUUGGUCUCCAAAGCUCUCUUAAAAAUCCAAGUCAAUGUCUUUGAUUGUGGUGGGAUUAUUAUCUGUGCUUACAUCUUCCACAGGAUUGCUGAUGGGACUACGUUCGUUAAUUUUAUCAAGGAUUGGGCAGCCACAGCUCGCGGUGAUGGUGAUUCAGGGUUCAGAGUUCAGGGUAAACCUCAUUAUGAAUUGUUCUCUCUGUUCCCACCAAGAGCUUUAUUGGGUUUCAACGUCAAUGAAAUGAUCGAAACAGAAAAAGGAAUUCUGACAAAAAGAUUUGUUUUCAAAGCCUUGAACAUCGCUAAGCUAAAGAAGAAGUGCAUCCAUGAUGCAAAAGAAGCUUAUGAGGGUGGCGAGCAGGAACAGCAGCCGCCAACACGUUUUGAAGCGUUAACAUCAUUAAUAUGGAAGUGUUUCAUGGAUGUGGAUCGUCAAACUAAAGCAAGACGACAUCAUGAAGAUGUUGUUAGUGCUUCUGUAGAUGCGCCUACUGAUGAUGCUGUUCUAAGACAGGUGCAGCACUAUGGUGCGUCUUUUUCUAUAAAUUUGAGAACAAGGAUGAAUCCACCGCUACCUAGCAACACUUUCGGGAACGCAGUUGGCCUUGCCAUUGCACAAGUAUCCCAUAAUCUUGAUAACAAUGUCGACUAUGCAGAGCUGGUGUCCAAGGUUAAGAACGCGGUAGACCAGAUCGACUCUGAUCAUGUAAGAGCACUGCAAAGUACAGAUGCACUGUCAAACAUCGAGAAGAUGAAACCGAAAUUGGAAAAAGGUACGGUGCUGUUACACUUCACCAGUAGGUGUAGGUUCCCAAUUUAUGAAGCAGCAGAUUUUGGUUGGGGGAAACCAACUUGGGCUAGUCUUUCUAAAUUACCUACCAAGAAUCUCGUUAUGUUUAUGGAUACAAGUUCAGGAGAUGGAGUAGAAGCAUAUGUGAGCUUGAAAAACGAAGACAUGAUGGAAUUUGAACGACACCAGGAACUCCUUGCAUUCGUUGCUUAAGAAUUCGGGCUACCGCCCCUUUCCAACCUCGAUCCUUUAAGUUGUGUUUAUGUUUAUCUGGGUUCGAUCCUUGGUUGGGUACUGUUGGUAUUGUCCAUUGCAGAGUGCUUUAAGUUUCCUUCUCGCUUUUGUACUGUGUUGGUCUUAAUUUUUUUUCAAUAAAUUCGUCCAUAAACGAGCCACCUUCAGAUUGUUUACCAGCAGAACAAUUUGUAUCCAUCCGGAGGAAUCCCUGACUCACUGAAUAGUCCGAUGACUCUGCUAAGUUAGUUGAGUCAGUGUAAACAACCACGGAAAAGAAAUCGGAUCGGUUUGCGGAUAGCCGCUAUUACGAAGUUUUGAAACCUCGACCUUUCCUAUGUGCAGGAAGAUAGGAAUUGAAAGUCGGUUGCUGAAAGUAGUUGCAUCAGUGAAAUAUAAGUUUUUUUUGCUUUAAAGAUGAAGGACACAUAUUUGGUGCAGACGAGUUCGAAUAGGUUACAGGUAUCAUCACCCAAUAUCUUUAUUUAUCACUGUAAUGCAAUAACAUCCGUCAAAACAUAAAUUUCUUGAAAGAUGUUUACA